AUGUCGGCCUCAGGAGAAGCCUCGACUCUUCCGCCGAAUGUUUUCACAGACGACAGAGGUCCCAUCGUCCUCGGCGUUGUCAUUUUCUGUCUCGCCUGGUCAACAGUUAUGGUCACCCUGCGCUUUUGGACGCGUGGAUUUGUCGUCAAGAGCUUGGGCAUAGACGACUAUGCUUGUGUCCUCAGCCUGUUUGUGAUCGUUGGCACAGGUGUUUCCAUUGCGUACAUGACAACAUAUGGCUUGGGACGACAUAUCUAUGCCAUUGAUCAGGCGAACAUCCCUCUAUAUCUCCGGGCCUUCUAUGUCUCCAUCGUCAUGUACUGCUCAGGGCUCAUGUUCCUCAAGUUAACGUUCCUUCUUCAAUAUUACCGUCUGCUAGCUGUGGAGAAAUUCACCAACAUGCGCAUCGUCUACUUGGUGAGCAUGUUUAUUGUGGGUGGCUGGGCUCUAUCGCAGGUGAUGGUUGGCAUCUUCACAUGCAACCCCAUCUCUGGCUUUUGGGACCUCACCAUCCAGGCCAAAUGCAUUCCUAAUAUUCCCCAGUGGUACAUCAACGCCGCUGGCAACAUUAUCACCGACGUGGCCGUCUUUUGCUUGCCGUUACCCGUUAUCUGGAAGCUGCACCUCGCACGGCCCUCCAAGAUCCUGCUGCUGGGCAUCUUCUGCUUGGGUUUCUUCACCGUCAUUAUCUCCAUCGUUCGUAUCCGUUUUUUGAAGAUGUUCGAAGACUUUACCUGGGAGAAUGCCGACGCCUCGAUUUGGUCCGUUGUCGAGCUCACCUCAGCCAUCACCUGCGCCUGUUUGCCAACCUUGCGCCCACUCCUGGUUCACAUUUUCCCUCGGCUUCGCUCCCAGCUACAAUGGGGUUCUCGUUCUCAUUCCUCCAAUACCGCAAAGCCCAGCCGUGGCUACACUCAAACCAUCGGCACCAAUCCCUCGGCCCUCGAAUCCCAGCUCGACUCCCCUGACGCCCGUGCCAAACGAAAGGGGUCUGACUCCGCAGCGUCAUUGCACGAUAGCGACGUCGAGCUUGCUCGUCAACCCUCUAGCGGGCGCAACGGUUUUAACCAUAAUCCCUUUGGAGUGCAAGUCACGCACGAAGUGAGUAUGGACUUCCAUCAUGGAUCAGCAGGCCAGGCAAAUGAGUUUGGUGUUACUGGGUUCGUAUCGCCCAACCGUCAUGCCAGAUAUGCUGAGAGGACAGGCUGGAACUGA